CGUGGGCCCGUCUCACUCUCCCUAGAGUGACUGUUGCACAGUAUUCGCCCCACUCGUUGUGUUGAUUGAUCCCUUAUUUUGGUUUUAGUUGCUGCGUCUGCUAUUACUGUAGUAGUAAAGCUUGUCGUGCUGCUCCUACUUGUCCACUUGUUUCGUUCCCACGUACAGUCGCUUUCAUUUGUCAUACUACCUAUCAUGUGGGCCAAACCUGCGCUUCCCGCACGACCCGCCCCUGUCGUUCCACCGCCGCGAAAUCCGGAACACGGGCCCGUCGGUUGUUACCUGGUCUACGAACCCACAUCGGGGGGUCGUCUCAUUGUACACUACAGUCGCGGAGAAGUCCCAGAAAAUGCCGUUGGCUUUUGGUGUCCGGGGGAAGGCCAAACCAUCCAGGGUUUCAAGUUCAGUCAGAAUGCGGGGCGUCAGGAGCUCAUCAAGGGCAUUGCCGGAGGCGACUCCAAUCGCCGCAAGUACUUUGGCGGAUGGUGUCAGUUUCUGAAAAUGGGCAAGGCCAAAAAAGGCAAGGUCAUUCAGUUCUUUCCGACGCAGUCCGUCCCCGUGGACGUCUACGCCUUUAUUCAGGCCCGGAACGCUCCGCAAUUGCUCCCCCUCGAAGACGGACUCGUGGAUAUUUCCGAAUACGACGCGAUCGCCGUCAUGCCCCGGCAUCACGAAUUCAUGAAGGGGGUCAAGUCAAUCGCCGUGAGCAACUUUUUGGAACUGGGAAAUUUGGCCGGGGCGAGCACCACCAUGUCGUAGGAAUAUACUAUAGACGUAUGGUACGGUACGUGCUGACACAAGCGCCAAUACACAUAUACACACACUUGGACUCUUGCGCCAACGUUUGUUUGUGUGUUUUGGCUCCUUCCCCUUGGCCUUCCGCAACGCGCGUUUCGGGAUCGAGAUUUGUAUUGUUUUCCAUAAAUCGUCGUUAAUAGUAAUUAAUGUAAUACAGCAUUUACACACAUUUGUAUCUCCUGGACAAUCGUUCCUUCCCCAGGGAUCCGCUGCCGACUACCGUAGAUUGAUGCACGCCACACUCUACACCACAACUGUUCUUGAUGUUUGUAUGGGCGUACUGUCACACACACACACACACAAACACACGUUCCAUCGUACAUGACUACCAACGUCAAAAGGAAUGCAGAUUGUGCCGCAGUAUUUCGUUCUGCUGAAACUUGUUUCCGUAGCGUUGUCCAUCAAACUGUACUCGUUCUUCCCACGCCAACGGCGAACCGUCGCUCGUUUGUGUUUUGUCCCAUUCUUCCGCACGCACGUAUCCACGUUUCGGUUCGGACGACGUUGUCUCUUCCUUUUCUUCGGGGAGCUGUUUGCUUUGGUUCGUUGCGAGAUGGAUUGUGGGUAUCACCGAGGAUGAACCGGUGGAUGGUGCCGUGCUUGGUGUGCCGUCGACUUGCGCGUCUUCCAGCACCAUACGUUCCCAGACAAGCGGAUCGGCCGCGGCUUGGGACAUGCGUUGGAAAAACGCGGAUCGGGACUCUCCCGGUCGUUGUUGUAGCGCGUACCGUCGAGUGACGGAAUCGUGACCGUGUGCACGGCUCCGCGGAGCGUGUCGUGGCACUGUGAAUGCGGUGGCGUGUCGCGUGUCGUAACUAGACAACGACCAGGAAAGGAGAGUGCACACGAGUAGAGCCCAACAGGAGCGUGUGAAACAAUUCGUAAUCGACAUGGCGGUGAAUUCGUCACGCCGAAUUGAUAAAAAGAUUAGUUCGUUGGCUCUUUGAUUGAUUGGUUGCUUCCUUCGAUAAUUCGUUACAACAAAGAGUAGAAGACAAUACGCAAUCUUUUGGUAGUCCAGUGCGUAGGUAGCGUGUGAGAGCUUGUGUGUAUGCAAAUGGGGAAGGGAAACAAAACGUGGAAGG